GGUGCCUGGCCCCUCUCUGAGCAGUCCUCUGUCUGCUCUGACACGGUGACUUUCUGCCUGGGAGAGGGACACAGAGACGAGGACAUUUCUCUCACCAGGCCAGAAGCCCCUCACUCUCCCAGGAUGGAUGUGGCUCACAGUCACCAGUCCUGCCUCAGACUUCACCUGUUGCUGCUCCUGCUAGCUCUGCCUGUCGGGGGCCAGGCCAGCACUGGCUGCUAUGGGAUCCCAGGAAUGCCAGGCAUGCCCGGGACUCCUGGGAAGGAUGGUCACGAUGGGUUUCCAGGGCCCAAGGGUGAGCCAGGAAUACCAGCCAUACCUGGAACACGAGGACCCAAGGGUCAGAAGGGUGAACCUGGCAUGCCCGGCCAUCGAGGCAAGAAUGGCCCCAUGGGGACCCCUGGGCUGCCAGGGGAUCCAGGCCCCAGUGGCCCCCCCGGGGAGCCAGGUGAGGAGGGCAGAUACAAGCAGAAGUAUCAGUCGGUUUUCACGGUCACUCGGCAAACUGCUCAGUACCCAGCGGCCAACAGCCUGGUCAAGUUCAACUCAGUUAUCACCAACCCCCAAGGGGAUUAUGACACGAGCACCGGGAAGUUCACCUGCAAGGUGCCUGGCCUCUACUACUUUGUCUACCACACGUCACAGACAGCCAACCUGUGCGUGCACCUAUACCACAAGGGCAUCAAGGUGACCACCUUCUGUGACCACUUGUCCAACAGCAAGCAGGUCAGCUCAGGCGGCGUGCUGCUGCGGCUGCAGGCGGGGGAGGAGGUGUGGCUGGCUGUUAAUGACUACAAUGGAAUGGUGGGCACCGAGGGCUCUGACAGUGUCUUCUCCGGCUUCCUGCUCUUCCCUGACUAGCACCCUAGGCCAACUCCAGCCUCCCAGCUGCCCCCCCUUGUCUCCCUCCCCACCUUCAUCCUGCACCCUUCUCCACACUGACGGACUCCUCCUCCAGGAAGCCCACCUGGCUCCUACCACCAGCCCCCUGCCUCCUCUGAGCACCUUCUGCUCAGACGCUGACAUUCACUGAUAUCCUCUGGGACUGCUUUUUUUUUUUUUUUUCUUGUCAAGUCUUGGAGGAGUUGGGAGACUUAGGAAUAAAUAAUUCGAUCAAUAAA